CAUUAAUCUUAUGCAGGUGAAGAAAUGGAGACCCUUCUUCUGAAUACCAUCCAUGUCCAAAACCUAUUAGUUAUCAUCAAUAGGUUACACAUGCUACUCCACUCCACUGCACUAGCCUUCUUGUUCUAUUACAGACUGUGCUUUCUUUUCCAACCCUCAGAAACAAUAGAAAGCCACUCGUUACCAUGGCUACUUGUUUUUGCUUCAGAGAUCAUUCUCUCCUUCAUUUGGAUCCUUGACCAAGCUUAUCGUUGGCAUCCCGUUUUGCGGUCCAUUUUCCAGGAAAGAUUGCUGGAGGAUCACAAGCUUCCUUCUAUUGAUGUGUUCAUAUGCACUGCUGAUCCAACCAAGGAGCCCACUUUGGAUGUGAUGAACACAGUUCUAUCAGCCAUGGCACUGGAUUACCCUCCACAGAAACUUCAUAUGUAUGUUUCGGAUGAAGGAGGGUCUCCUUUGACUCUUCAUGGGGUGAGGGAGGCUUCGAAGUUUGCUAGGAGUAGUGUGUACAUGGAAGAUAAGCAAAAGAUCAAGGUUGACCAUGAGGGAACUUGGUUUCAUUGAUUUUUCCGGUUAUUCAAAGGCUUAAUAUUUUUUUUGGCUUAAA